GUAAGGUAAGACUGACGGGAAGUCUGGAGCCGGCCGGUCUCUAGUGUUCUGUGUCCGGCGUGUGAACCGCUUCAGGCGUGAGUCGGGUGGGGGCUGGCUGUCACUCAAGCGUGCUGAGCACAGCUUCCUGAUGGCUGCCGAGCACUUCGCUCUCAGUGACAGAUGCCGUCUGUCCCAGACCCAGGCUGGUCUGCCUUGGCCCUCAGCCCUGCACCUCAGCUCUGGAGCUGUGCAGGGGGAAACACAGAUGCAAGUGUGUUUUCAAAGGAUGAGGAGCCCACGAGGGCUGGGAUGGGACUCAGUUGGCAGCGUUUUCUGUCCCCAGCACUGCGCCAAACCAAGCGUGCGACUGCCCGCCUGUAAUCCCAACUUCCAGAGGCAGAGGCAACAGUAUCAGCUGUUUUUAAAGCUAUCCUCAGCUACGUAUCAAGUUUGAAGCCAGCCUGGGCUACGUGUGGCCUCAUCUCAAACAAACAAAUAAAAAAAUAAAUGAUAAGAGAACUCGGAGACCUGUUAUCCUUGAGGAAUGGCAGAGGCAGUCUUCCGUGCUCCAAAGAGGAAAAGGAGAGUGUACGAGAGUUACGAGUCACCGCUGCCCAUCCCCUUUAGUCAGGACCAAAGUCCCAGGAAGGAAUUCCGAAUAUUCCAGGCUGAAAUGAUUAGCAACAAUGUGGUGGUGAGGGGCACAGAGGACAUGGAGCAGCUGUAUGGGAAGGGUUACUUUGGAAAGGGGAUCCUUUCAAGAAGUCGUCCGAACUUCACAAUCUCCAAUCCCAAGCUGGCUGCCAGAUGGAAAGGUGUGCAGACAGACAUGCCUAUAAUCACCUCAGAGAAGUAUCAGCACCGAGUGGAAUGGGCCAGGGAUUUCAUGCGGAGGCAGGGCCAUGAUGAGAGCACUGUGCAGAAGAUCCUUACGGACUACACAGAACCACUGGAGCCUCCUUACAGGGAGGGGGAAGGAGAGAGCCCACAGCGUGAACCCCUGAGCUCCAAGGCCGACUCCUCCCUGGAAGGCAGAGAGGGAAAGGAUGAACUUUCUGUGACCACCGGAGGUGCUGGACAAUCAGAUGACCUGCAGGGCCUCAACACACACUCAGACUGCCGGCAGGAGGGGCCUGGCCAUGCCACACUCACUGUGGCUAGUCCUUCUAGCCUUAAUGGGCAUGCUCUGUCCCAGAUCCCCUGCUGUAGCCAGGAAGCCCUCGGUCAGCAGGAUGACCUUUGGCCUGAAGCCAGCAGCCAGAUAGCAGGAGAGAGUAGGGCUGCUCACGAGUAUGUGCUCAUAGAGGAAGAGCUGUGUGAUGUCCAGGAGGGGGCAGCACCACAUGACGAGUUGCUGAAAAGAAAGAGACUUGUGUGCAGAAGGAACCCAUACAGGAUCUUUGAGUAUCUACAGCUGAGCCUAGAAGAGGCUUUCUUCCUGGCAUACGCCCUGGGAUGUUUAAGUAUCUACUAUGAGAAGGAGCCUUUGACCAUAGUGAAGCUCUGGCAAGUCUUCACUGCGGUCCAGCCCACCUUCAGGACUACCUACAUGGCCUACCACUACUUCCGAAGCAAAGGCUGGGUGCCCAAAGUGGGGCUCAAGUACGGAACAGAUCUGCUGCUGUAUCGGAAAGGCCCUCCAUUUUACCAUGCAAGCUACUCUGUCAUCAUUGAGCUCGUGGAUGACAACUUUGAAGGCUCCCUCCGAAGGCCUUUCAGCUGGAAGUCACUGGCCGCCUUGAGCAGAGUCUCAGGGAACGUCUCAAAGGAGCUGAUGCUGUGUUACUUGAUCAAGCCCUCUACCAUGACUGACGAAGACAUGGAGACCCCAGAAUGCAUGAAGAGGAUUCAAGUUCAGGAGGUGAUUCUCAGCCGAUGGGUGUCUUCCCGAGAGAGAAGUGACCAAGAUGAGCUUUGACCUUUCAAUCCCAGAGUCCACAGUUCACCAUCAGCCUGCCCUGAAGGAGCAUCAGCACAUUUGGGGAUCACAGGACCCCGUGCUCUGUUGCUUUAAUAGAGAAAUCUACUCCUGUAGCUCAGCCCACUCAAGGACUUCAACCAAUUACCCACGUGACUGGAAACCCAUUGACGGUUCGGAAACCUUGAAACGUGACUGGUGCAUCCUCAGUGAACUCCUUGUUUGACAGGUUGGUGCAUUGAACACAGAACUAUGUAGUACUGACUAUUAAAGAUGCAUCUCGCUUUGGAGAACUUCUUAUAAAAUAAAAAUAAGCAGUGGGGUUUUUGAGAGAA